GUGGUGGCCGUAAUGGAGGACGCGGGUGGGUUCUUGAGGCACUGAGGAGACUGGCUUAUGCUUUAAUAGUUAAAGAGUCCUCAGAGCCCGCUCACGUCUAACGCAGGUAAAUAGUGAGUGAAGGUCGGGCAGUAAGCUUGGACUUCCUCAUUUACAGCUCAUCCAUAUUUAACGUGCAGUGCUUUGAUGACUGCUAUUUGAAUUUACCAACAUGCCAGCGGCGACAGUAGAUCACAGCCAAAGAAUCUGCGAGGUCUGGGCUUGUAACCUGGAUGAAGAGAUGAAGAGAAUACGUCAAGUAAUUCGUAAAUUCAACUAUGUUGCAAUGGACACGGAAUUUCCAGGUGUUGUAGCACGACCAAUUGGUGAAUUCCGAAGUAAUGCAGACUAUCAGUACCAACUAUUGCGCUGUAAUGUAGAUUUGCUGAAGAUUAUACAGCUGGGGCUGACAUUUGUAAAUGAACAGGGCGAGUACCCUCCAGGCACCUCCACAUGGCAAUUCAACUUCAAAUUUAAUCUUACAGAAGACAUGUAUGCUCAAGACUCAAUAGAACUCCUUACAACUUCUGGCAUCCAGUUUAAAAAACAUGAGGAGGAAGGGAUUGAUACAAUGUACUUUGCAGAAGUUCUAAUGACAUCCGGUGUAGUAUUAUGCGAAGGAGUCAAGUGGCUUUCGUUCCAUAGUGGGUAUGACUUUGGCUACUUGAUCAAAAUACUUACUAAUUCCAACUUGCCUGAAGAAGAACCAGACUUCUUUGAGAUCCUACGAUUGUUCUUCCCUGUAAUUUAUGAUGUGAAAUACCUCAUGAAAAGCUGCAAAAAUCUCAAGGGCGGCUUGCAGGAAGUAGCUGAACAGUUAGAGUUGGAGAGAAUUGGGCCACAACAUCAAGCGGGUUCAGACUCACUCUUAACAGGAAUGGCCUUUUUCAAAAUGCGAGAGAUGUUCUUCGAAGAUCACAUUGAUGAUGCCAAAUAUUGCGGCCACCUGUAUGGUCUUGGCUCAGGUUCAUCCUAUGUUCAGAAUGGUACGGGAAAUGCAUAUGAAGAAGAAGCCAAUAAACAGCAGCCUUGACCGGAAAUGGGGAAAUUAAUUUUUUGGGCCACAUAUACUGGAUCUAAUUUUUAUCUGUGUCUGCGUUCUUUAUGUUCACUAGAUUUGUGCCAACAUCUUGGUCAUUUUGACCUUGGUAAGGAAACUCCAUGAUCAUAUAAUUUGCAGAUUUUCUUUAACAAAGAUUGCUGGAGAAAGUGGGAAAAAUAAUUAUCUGGAUGAAUUUUCAAGCAGUUAUUUUCCCCUCUUCUUCCUAAAAGCAUGCAAUAAGUAUCAACUGGUUAUUUACCAUUCCUAUCUAAUACAUGGCACUUAAAAUAAAAACAGGAAUUUUAGCUAUUCAGGAUUGUGGACCAUCGAAUUUGCACUUUAAAGAGUGACUGGUUCCUCUAUUUUAUGGGAAUUUUGCUGCUUCUUAUUCUCACAAGUGAGAUGAGAAAGCCAGAAACUUGAACUACUUCACACCAUUGAGUUACUGUUUAUGGAUUUUCUGUGCCUGCUGGCUUAGUGUGACAGCAUCUCUGCUACCAGUUUGUGGUAACAAACAAUAUUACCGAAGCUCUUGUAUUUGCUGCAGUUGAAGAAGGAGACCUGUAAGUGUUGCCUUACAAUUUUUCCUUUUGACAUCUAUUUCUUCUGGGAAUGCCUCCCAUACACACGAUUCUAACAUAUCAGAAGUGCAGCUAGCUGAACCAAAACCAGCAUCUCACAUGCUUAGUGCUGCAGCUACUAUGCCUGUUUGUACAUGAACUGCAUUGUUGCAAUGAAAUAGACCUUGAAUGAGUUUAAUUUCAAUUUUAAAAACAUACAGUUUAUACUGAUCACAGCCGUGCACUGAUGUUAUUGGUGCUAGAUUGUGAUGUAAUAUUGUUUAUGACAAUGAGCCUUUUUCAACUGAAGAAUUUUCUGAGAUUUUUAAAACAUCAGCUUUAUUAUAAAGUGUAUAUUUUCAUUCUUAGUGGCAGUAAUUACAACAGUGCAGGAGCAUCUCCGUUAACACCAAAGCUAGGCUUCCUCCAAAAAAAUUUAAAAAGGCAUUGUCCAUUUAUGUAGAAUUUUUAACUUCACUUAGGGUUUUCUUUGAUUAAAUCCUUUUUCAAACAAAAUAUUACAAAAAUGUCAUUUAACUACAUUUUAACCAGUGUUUUUAUUUUCUGACUCACCUUCCUGACUACCUAGUGGAGAACCAAGCUUCAAAUUCUCUCUUGCUCACGGCUGUGUUUGUUCCUGUAGCUCAGAUUGCAGGAAGCACAUUCUCACAAGUGAAAAACAGUUAAUGUUCCUGUUUUGGAACACCACAUUGCUUUGUGGCUUAGCUGAAAACUGAUUUAAAAAAAUAUCAUUCUAAGUUGCUGUCUGCUGAGAUUCAUGCCUUUGAUUUGGAGAGAUAGACAAUUCUUUCUCUACUACAGUGCAAGGGUAGACAUGCAUUUUGAAAAUUGAACUGUAAUGUUGUUAUGGCUUUCAAAGUGGCUGUUAACAUGUACAACCCAGAAUUAAUGACAAUUCACAAAUAACACUUUAGUACUAAUGUUUUACUUAACAUUUUACUUCUGUAGGAUCAAAAAGGUGAAAUUUUAAAAAUCUUUGAAAAGCUAGUCUUGUCUUUUUACAGUAUUGCAAUUCCAUGAGUAGCAUUAAGUAAGGAUAUCAACUGAGUGAUGCUGGUUUUGAUGCAGCAUGACUUGCUAUGCAACCCCUUUAGUACAUCAUAUAUGAGCUGUAAAUACCAUGUGAUAUAUUGAGUCUUAUGCGUUGUAUUCUGCAUGCAUCUAGAGCAGCUGAGCAGGAAGACCCUGUAGUGAAUAGCUGGUACUUGCCUCAAACCAUCAAAUGCAUGUUGCAGAAUUCAGUCUGUCAGUACUAGAUUUCAACGAGCUUAGUGAUAGGUCAAAAUCCCCAGACCAAUGUGACUACGAUGUAAUUAAUGUGUUCUGUUUUUUCAUUAUGUUACAGAACUGUAACUUAAUGGACCUUUUAUAAAACAAUUAUGUGAAGACAAGGUAUUAUUUGUUUUUAAACCUUUUUGUAAAUAAAGGCUUCAGAUUUGUUUCUUUCUUACAUAA